GCUUCACAACGCGCCCGGCGCUUCCCCUCGGCUGCUCGCUCGGCGUCCCGGCGCGUCCCCACCAUGCAGCCCGCCGAGGUAUGGAUUCUGGCGUGGCUGCUCUUGUGUGGGCUGCCUUUACCUGGACGAGAGACUGUCAAGGUAAGCAAGCGCCCAGUGCGGACUCGAACCUGCGCUGAUCGACCUGAAGAGCUCCUGGAACAGCUGUAUGGAAGACUCACAGCAGGCAUGCUCAGUGCCUUUCAUCACACCCUGCAGCUGGAACCUCUGGAAAAAGAUCACAAUAUAAGUUGUCCAGCAGGGGGCAGGCCGGCUGUGGACAAGAAGUACCGACUCCCCAUCAACCUCAACAGCGUCUCACCUUGGUCUUAUAGAAUCUCCUAUGACCCCACAAGGUAUCCAAAGUACAUCCCUGAAGCCUAUUGCCUGUGCAAGGGUUGCCUUACUGGUGUUUAUGGCGAAGAGAGUUUCCACUUUCGAAGUACCCCAGUGUUUAUGCCAACUGUCAUCUUGCGCCGAACCACGUCCUGCACCGGAGGCCGCUAUGUUUACACGGAAGAUUAUGUCACUAUUCCUGUGGGCUGCACCUGUAUACCAGACCAUGAAAAAGAAGCCGAGGGAGUCAAUUCCAGCAUAAAAAAGCAAGCAGUUAAAUUGCUGGCGAACCAUAAUCAUGACAAGCCAGCAUCUGAAUGAAGAACACAAACCUUGGUGAUAAAGGUUGCUUUGCAUGGCGCUUUAGAUCCACAGUUCCCUGGUUCACACACACAUCAGCCGCAAGUGAUAACCGGUACGUGUCUGAAUGAUUCAUCACAGAACAGUCGCCACACGCAGGGACCAUUAUGCCACCUUAAACGUGAGCCUUUACGGUGCGCUUGGAUCAUGGAGUCAGCUGCGAUGGGUCAAGUUGCUUAGAAAUCAAGUGAUGCUUGUGCAUAUGUGAACUAGCCCAUAGAAGAUGAUGAAUUGUAUUUUGAAAAUAUUAGUACGAAUGUUGAAGACAAGUUGGGAGGGUUUGUAGGACACAAUCCAGUCACUUGGAGCCAUAAUGAGAUUAGAAAAAUCGUAAUGGAAAUGACUUGCAUGAAUUAAGAAAUCAGGCCUGGACAUUAAUAAAUGAGGCUUGUACCACUGGAACUAAUUCACGGGUUCACAGUUUCCGACUUGGCUUAGAAGCAAAGCUAUUAUCUGUAGUCAUCACAGACCCCCUCCAUAGCACUCACACAUGUAGAGAACAUGAGGAUGGUCUCUCAUGUCACGUUGAGCUUUGGAGAGGUUGAAGUGGCUAAGAGACUCUUACUUGCUCCAGAGUGACAUAGGGGAUUCUCCAUUAUGGGGGCUCACUAGAUAGGCAGGGGCUUUGAGAGAGCUUGGACAAAUCUCAUAAAUACUGUAGUGGUUGUGGGAAGGGCGGUGGUUUUAAAACAGGGGUGGACACCGUGUAGCCCUCCAGAUGUUGGAUUGCAAUUCCCAUCAUGCCCCACCAUUGGCUAUCCUGCCUGGGGCUGAUGGGAGUUGCAACGACUUCUUGAGGGCUGCAAGUUGCCCACCCCUGCUUUAAAAUAUGACCUUCUGUCCAUAUCCUUCUAAUCUUAGGUUUCUAAUAGAUAAUUUUCCCUGCAGUUUUUUAAAACUAAAAUACUGUGUGUAUAAUAUUAUUUUUUUUACUAUAAAGGAAUAUAAUCAAGACCAUGACAUGUGUUCAUUUGUAUGCUGUGCAAUAUUUGGCCUCCUAAGAAUUGGAAUGUUCAUAUUUUACACAAAAAUGCAAUCCAACGAAUGCAAGUCAAGCCUCAGUCCCAAUGCAAAUAAUAGAAAUGCAGCACACAG